UACCUUUAAGACGUAGCUACUGAAAUCGUCAUAUCCAUGCGCCCAUUCCAUAACAGCGAGUAUUAAAAAAGAAAUAAGCAUGUGGAAAUGUGUGAUACGAAAUUAACUUUUUAUGUAGCUGAUUGUUGUAAAAGCGGUAAAGACUUGGUAAUAGUUUGUGGUAAUUAUUCCGGUGCAUAAAAUGUAUCGUGUUAUCUGUUCUAAGUGGUUUAUCUCCGGCGUGUCCUUGACUGUGGGAGCGGCUAUUGGUGCGUCUCUGAAUGGAGAUUCGACGAAUAGAUGCAUAAAUCCGAGCCAUGGAUUACUCAAUCGAGUACCCGUUAUUCCUAUUCCAAGUGUGGACGCAGCAACCGACCUUACCACGUACCAAGGAGGCGGUCAAAUGGUAGGGUCCCGAUCAACAGCUGCAAUGAAGUACGGCUUCCCAUCUCUCGCCAAUAUCAAGACGAGGGAGUCCUACGUGACAUCUUAUGAUCCCAGAAACAGGACCGCUGCAUGGGUUAUAGAGCAACUCAGUCCUGAUGGCUUGACUGGACCUUCAGAUAGGAAAUUGUGCGACUUUAAAGAGGAUGAUACGGUGCACGUAUACCACAGGGCUACCAAUGCAGACUACAGAGGCAGUGGAUUUGACAGGGGGCAUUUGGCAGCAGCUGCCAAUCACAAAUGGAAUCAAAAGGCAAUGGAUGACACGUUCUAUCUCAGUAAUGUCUCACCACAGAACCCAAAUUUAAAUCAAAAUGCAUGGAACAACUUGGAGCAGUACUGCCGUUCACUUACCAAGCACUACAUGAAUGUGUUUGUGUGCACUGGACCACUUUAUCUGCCCAGACAGGAACCAGAUGGGAAAAUGUAUGUGAAGUACCAGGUGAUGGGGAGGAACCAUGUGGCGGUCCCCACCCAUUUCUUCAAGGUGGUGAUCCUGGAGAAGCAGAGGGGAGAGGUGGAGCUGCGCUCGUAUGUGAUGCCCAACACACCUGUGGAUAACAAGAUUCCUCUGGAGCGCUUCCUGGUACCCAUCGAGAGCAUUGAGAGAGCCUCAGGACUGCUCUUUGUACCCAACAUUAUGAAGAGGACAAACAGUCUGUUGGCUAUCACUGCUGGAGGCAAAUGAGUCUGGUCAGCUCUGUGUAGUGUGGUGGGUCUGGUUCAUUAGGGCACACUGUAGCAAAACAUUUUUUAGAAUUGAAAACAAACAUUUUCAUUGGACAGUACUGACCCGGUUCACUCUAUUUUUAAGAGUUUUCUUCCAUUUUUGUCUGCUGAACACAACCUUGGUCAUUCAGCUCUGUGUAGUGUGGUGACCAUCCUCAGUAAGGAUGUACAUGUAACUGCACCAAACCCAUCUGCUUUGUCAAUGUAGUGCUUAUCUUGCAUUGAAUUCAACAAAAAGGGAAACAAUCCAAUUAUUGUCCAGUAGGAUGUGAUGCAAAUAAAUAUUUAGGAGCAUUAGACUA